UUCCGGUGUAGUGGGGGGGCAUGGAGGGGCGGGGUUCCGGUGUAGUGGGGGGGCAUGGAGGGGCGGGGUUCCGGCGUGUGGGGGCCGUGUGAAGAUGGCGGACGGCGUGGACCAUAUAGACAUCUACGCCGACGUCGGGGAGGAGUUUAACCAGGAGCAGGAGUACAGCGGCCACGACAACGUUGACCUUUACGACGACGUGAUCGUCCCGACCGCGAGCAACGGCGAGGAGGCAGACGAGGCUGACUUCCAGGACUCUCUGACCCCGCUCGACCAGCCGGGGAAACACACCACCACCGUCGCCCUUGCCGGGGACCGCCGUCUAGGCUAUAUCUAUAACGGCAAGCGCGUGGCUCUGUAUGUAGGCAAUCUCACCUGGUGGACAACCGACGAGGACCUCGUGAAUGCCCUGCAAGCGAUUGGCGUCACCGACAUUCAAGAGAUCAAGUUCUAUGAGAACAGAGCCAACGGACAGUCUAAAGGGUUUGCGUUGGUGAGCGUGAGCCUGGAGGCCUCGUACCGCAAGGUGAUGGACCUUCUGCCCAAGCGCGAGCUCCACGGACAGAACCCCAUCAUCUCCCCGUGCAACCGCCAGUCUCUCAACCAACUCGAGAUGCAGUCUCGUGGGCCAAGUGGGCAGAUGUCCGGGGAGGGCCGUGCUGGUCCCCCAGGCAGCGGCCCUCGCGGGUCUCCCUUCCCUCCCCCGCCCGUUGGGCCUGGCGGCGGUGGUGUGAGAGGCCGCUUUCCUUCGCCGGGCCCAGGUCCCGUUGGGCCCAACAUGGACAGGCCAUUCCCUGGUCACCCUGGGCCUCCUCCUGGAGGACCCCCGCCAUUCCAAGUGCAGGGCCCCCCCCGCGGGAUGCCCCCUGGCCCUCCUGGACCCAUCGGUCCCCCCAUGCCCGUGCAUGGCCCGCCUCCCAUGGGCCUCGUGGGCCCCCCGCCUCGGGCCGACCGCCCCCCACCGCCCGUAGUCUUUCCCGGGCAGCCUUUCCCCCACCCAAAUCACCCCCACCCUCACCAACACCCCCACCCCCUUCAGCACCCCCACCCUCACCAGCACCCCCACCCUCACCCACAGCAGUUCCACGGGGAGCCCCCCCGCGGGCUACCGCUCCCACUUCACCCCCAUGGCGUACCCCCCAUGGGCCCAGGGGGCUUCGGGCCAAUGCCGCCUGGCCCCCCUCAACAGGGGCCCCCACCGCCACCCCCGCCCCACCCACACGGGCACCCUCACCAGCCUCCCCCAGGCCUCAUGCCCCCCAGACCGGGACCUCCGUUGCCCCCGCCUCCCUCCUCAUCGGCUCCCCCGGGGCACCCGCCGGGGCCGCCCCCCCACAUGGGGCUGCUGCCCCCGCCGGGGCUGCCCCCUCCCGCGCCGCACGUCAACCCUGCCUUCUUCCCGCCCGGCAACCACAGCGGCGGUGGUGGCGGUGGUGGCGGCGGCGGUGGUGGUGGCGGUGGAGGUGCUGGGAACAACGUUGGGCCUCCCGGGGGUGACCCGAGAGGCCCCCCGCCCCCCGAGGGGUACGGGCAGCCCCCACAAUUUGAGCGAGGAGAUUUUCGCAAGCAAGAGUUUGGACGCACGCCCUCGCCAUCUUUGGGGUACCGCUUUCACACGGAAAUGGAGCCAGCGAACAACAGCCUGAGCGAGGUCGAGUUUGAGGAGAUCAUGAAUCGCAACCGAGCCAUCUCGAGCAGCGCGAUCUCCCGCGCCGUGUCCGAUGCCAGCGCAGGCGAGUACGGUAGCGCCAUCGAGACCCUCGUCACGGCCAUCUCGCUCAUCAAGCAGUCGAAGGUGUCGAGCGACGAGCGCUGCAAGGUGCUCGUAAGCUCGCUGCAGGACUGCCUGCACGGCAUCGAGUCCAAGUCGUAUGGCUCCGGAGGGAGGAAACGCGAGAGGUCGCGUGAGCGCGAUCACAGCCGUUCGCGAGAGAAGAGCCGGCGGCACAAAGAGCGAUCGCGUAGCCGCGACCGGCACGAGGAGUACUACCGGGAGCGGAGCCGCGAGCGAGAUCGCCACCGCGACCGCGACAGGGACCGUGAACGCGAGCGCGAGUACCGGCACCGCUGAUGUGCUGCGUCGCCCCUCAUUUCCCGGCCGUUCAGCACCAGCGAUGGCAGCAGCAGUGGCGCCAAACAGCACCGAGCGUCAGCAAUUGGCGCUCUUUCUUCUUCGUGCGCUCUUGCUCACGAGAUCUGUUGUUGUAAUAGUUAUCCUCAUGUUCUUUUGUGGUUAUUUUCUUUCCUCCUCCCCGCUGUUGCGUAUUGAGUAGAACUGCCCCUAGCACGGCUUAGAAGCAUCUCGGCGUUGUCUCGUCGAAGCUGGGACAGUGGACGGGUGGAGAGAGCACAUGAGCGAACCGUGCAGUGGGUGUCACGGUGAGAUGCUUGCGACGGCGAGCAAAGGUUAACAAGCGGUCGUCGGUCGCCGCAUGCAAUCUCUUCUCGGUGCCGAGGAUCACCAAGAGGGAUUCCCUCCCCCCCCAGCCCCCCCCGACACAAUGCGCUGCACUGCAGCGUCACGACGCAGCGUGUGGAUGUCCCCCGCACGCAAUUAUCGGCUUCUCGUAUGAAAACAUUUAUGCAUCGUUCGCUGAUUGUUGUGUUAAUAAUACGUUAACUCACUUUCAGGAAUGUUUUGUGUCCUUUGGCUAGUCGUUGUACCCCGCUUCCAUCCCUCCUCGACCCACUUUUCCCAGUAACGGCGAAGAUUAGAUUCCCACUUGUUAAAUCCCGAUUUCUAUUCCCUUCCCAUCGUAAUCAAGGGCAGUUACGUAGUCUUUUGUUGAGUAGAUACUGUUUUAAUAAUUGUAUGGACUGACUUAGAAUUAAAAAAGACUUGUUAAGUG